CAAACGGCGGCCAGAACGUCCGCUAGUCGUGUGCUGCAAAAUCAGUCGAACGCCGUUCGCGCACACGAUAAGUCACGUGCUCAAAACUAGCUCCAGAUACCGCGCAGCAGCAGCAACAUCAGCAGCAAGUUCAACAUUUUGCAGCAAGAAUACAACAGCAAGUUCAACACUUUGCCGCAACAUCAGCAGCAACAAAAGCAAAAGAUAACAGCAGCAAACAAAGCAAAGCAAAGAAUUGAAAGUGAUUUCAACAGUGUUUCAACAGUGACUGUGAUCAACAAAAUAUAAAACAAAACAAAACAAAAACAAAAACCCAACAAAUAAAAUAAUUAAGCGACAACCACAACCAAGUGAAUCUAAACAAUCAAAUGGAGCACAAUAUGCACGUGCAACAUGCGCCACCAUUGCAUCAUUGGGGUUAUGGUGCCGCAGCCGCCGCUGCGAUGCCCGCCACACCCCAAGGUCAUUGGGUGCCACCGCCACAGAGCCACAGCCAUCACAGUCAUCAUAGCCAUCACAGCUCGCACAACAGUCUGAAGCGUGCGCUCUCCGAGAGUGACUGCGAUGAACUCUACUCCGAGGAGUCCUCCAAAGAGCAAAUCUCGCCUAGUGAACCAGGAAGCUGCCAGCUCAUGAGCCGCAAGAAGCGUCGUGGCGUCAUCGAGAAGAAGCGUCGCGAUCGCAUCAAUUCCUCGCUCACCGAACUCAAGCGUCUGGUGCCAUCGGCAUAUGAGAAACAAGGAUCCGCCAAGCUAGAGAAGGCAGAGAUCUUGCAGCUCACGGUCGAGCAUCUCAAGAAUUUGCAAUCAAAAACUCUCGACUCGCUCAACUAUGAUCCACAGCGCGUGGCCAUGGACUAUCACAUCAUUGGCUUCCGCGAAUGCGCCGCCGAAGUCGCUCGUUACCUCGUGACCAUCGAGGGCAUGGACAUUCAGGAUCCACUGCGACUGCGCUUGAUGUCCCAUCUACAGUACUUUUCGCAGCAACGAGAGAUCUCCGCCAGCGGCGGCUAUCAGCCCAAUUGUGCGGCCACAGCGUACGGAGCUCAGGGCUACGGUCCGGUUGCGGGAAGUGCCAGCUCCUAUGUGGCAAGCAGCAGCAGUGCCUACAUGAAUCCCUCGCCACAUCAUGUGAGCCGCUCUAGCGUGUCGACGACGAGUGGCGCAGGUGCUAGCGAUGCCUUGCCCACGCACGAGCCGAGACCAGAGGCAACUUCUCAGCAGCAACAACAGCAGCAGCAACAGCCACAACAUCAGCAGCAGCCGCAGCAACAUCAGCAACAGGCCCCACAGCAACCACAACAGCAGCAGCAGCAACAGGCAACGCAACAUUAUACACAGGAACACUCAGGACAUGCGGAGCAGCCACAGCAGUCUCAGCAGAUUCCCACCUACACCGAUCUCAGCAAUAGUCAUCGCAGCGAGGUGCCCACCAUCACAGCCGAGAGUCUCAGCUACAGCGCCGCUCCUCAUCCGUAUCCUGUGAGCAGCAGUCAGGAUUACAACAAUGCGAGUGCACUGCAAUACGCGGCUGCAAAUGGCGCCAAACCCUAUCGUCCUUGGGGUGCUGAGAUGGCCUAUUAAGAGAGAGCCUAGUACAGUGGAACCUACAUAUAUUGGACGAUUACAAAUGUUACAUUUAUUAAAUAUAUUACGAUGAAUGCGAGUAACGAUCAAAAGGAAAUGGGCGUCGGCCUUAU